UACUGACUAGUGUCUGAGUGUAACUGUGAACGACUGCCACGCUCCAACUCGUCUCCAAGUUCCAUUCUAGCGGUUGUACUCGCCAGACAACGUCCUCAUCGGUUGUGUCAGCGCGAUGAACAAUCCUUAAUUUGUCGUAGUGAUCAGUUAAAGCCUAACACUGGCAUCGACGCUAUUCUACCGUGUGAGUGGCAUGAGGGCAGAUUUACAGUCCUUUAUCAGACAUACUUCUUCUGACCACUUUUCGGAAUUGUUGUUGUUGUAGUCGCCAUACUUUGUGAUCUCUUUUUUACCGGGGUUGUUCGCAUUUAUCUCGUUUUUUAUAUUUUGUGAUAUUUUUACCUAGUUCGCGAUGGCACCCACAGGGUUUUCGUUGGCGAGGAAGGAGAGUGACGACGGCAAAUUGUGCCCGAAACUGCUCACCAAGAAAGCGGACAACUUUGCGCCGCUGGUGGUGGCGAUGGUCGGACUGCCUGCCCGAGGCAAGACUGUUCUCUCCCACAAGUUGAACCGUUAUCUCAACUGGAACGGCCUCAAGUCUAAAGUGUUCAGCAUCAGUUUCUACCGACGCAAGCACAUCGAGCUUUAUGACAGCCAUGAGAUCUUCCGAGCUGACAAUGAGGAAGCUUACGAAAUCAUCCAGCAGAGCGCAAAAGAAGCUAUGGAAGAUGCUCUUGACUUUCUAAAGUCCGAGGGAAAAAUUGCGAUUCUUGAUGGAACUCACGCCACGCCAAAGAUGCGUCAGAACACUUUUGAUUUCUUCGCCAAGCAGUACAACUUCAAGGUUUUGUUUCUCGAGUGUAUCUGUGACGAUGAUAUGAUAUUGGAAAGAAACAUCAAGGAGAUCUUGCAAUUCAGCAAGGACUACAAGCACAUGACCAAGGAGAAGGCGUUGGAUGAUUUCCAUCACAAGAUUGAACACUUCAUGGAGCAAUACGAGCCCGUCAACCCGAGGGAGGAGUCCAAGUACACUUACAUCAAAGUAUUCAAUGAUGGGGAGAAUGUCUCAGUGCAUCGUAUCAACGGUCCCUACCAGUCCAAUAUUCUGUCUUUUGUUUCAAGCUUCAAGCCUGGGGCCAGGACACUUUACUUUUCCAGGCAUGGGGAGAGUGAAUACAACGUGGUGGGUCGCAUCGGAGGAGACACAGACCUGUCUCCUCGCGGUCGCAUGUACGCCAAGACUCUGGCUACGUACAUCAAUGAUGCCAACAUUCCCGACCUUCAUGUCUGGACCAGUGAGAAGCGCCGCACCAAACAGACGGCCGCUGGCAUCGCAGCUCCUUCUGAACCCAUCGAGGCACUCAAUGAACUUGAUGCUGGAAUAUGCGAGGGCCUGAGCUAUGAGGAGAUGCAAGACAAGUUCCCGCAGGAGUUUGCGUGGCGGGACCAGGACAAACUGCGCUACCGCUAUCCGUGGGGAGAGUCUUACGUUGACAUCAUGGCUCGGCUGGCUCCCGUACUGCUGGAGCUUGAACACGAGGACAAUCUUCUGACCAUCAGUCACCAGGCCGUUUUGCGCUGCAUCCUCGGAUACUUCUUGAACAAGAGUUUGGAUGAACUGCCAUAUAUCAACGUCCCAUUGCACACUGUCAUCAAGAUGACCAUCGAGGGCUACAAGUGCAACAUCGAGUUCAUCAAACUGAACGUCGAGUGUGUCGACACUUAUCGCAAACAACCUAAGAACUGCAGUGUCGCCCGUCCGGCCGAGGAGGCUUUGCUGACAGUUCCGGCUCACUACGACAAUUUGUGGCCCCUCAAGCAGCAACUGCUCCAGCAUUAGAAAGCUUACUCCGCAACACGUAGCAUGUAAUAGCCGUUGUAUCACUAACCAGUCAAUGUUCAGUAUUUAUGUGUUUUAAUCGGCCUCGACUGAAUUACAUGUAGCUUUACAAGCACAGUUAAUUUAAAAUAAAAUUUGUAUCACAAACUCAUUCUCAGUAUUUAGCAUGUAAGUCUCAGAAAAAAAGGUAUGUUGUACAUUAUUCGCAGUGGAAAAAUAAUUGUUAAAUUUAAUGGAGUAUGAAUGUAAGUUUUGAAUGGGCUACUUACAAAAUAAAUACCAAUUAAUAAGAAUUUUUUUUAUCUUGUAUUUAGGUUAUAAGCAGGACAGGAGGACACUCUUUGUAUAAAAUGGCCAAACUCAAUAUAUGUCCAAAGAUGUAUACCAAUAUGAUGUAUUAAAUGGCAUUUACUUUGAUAAAUGGUUUUUACACCAAAAUACAGGAUGCUUUGAAUCCAAACAAAUCAUGGAUGGUUAAAAGUUGAUUCUUGAGGGCUUGGAAAUAGGAAAAUCAUUUUGUACAACAUAUCACUUCGACUAAAUGUCUUUAUGAAUCUAUUAUUUUAAUACUUAUGUUAUAUUUUGCAAGUUGAUGGUAGUUUUAACAAUUAAUUAGUGUUAUACAUUGUGUAGGCAAUUAGGAAAAGUGGUAUUUUUAGAAAACGUAUUGUGUAAGGAGUAGCUAGCUUUAGGAGUGCUGUAGUUUUAAGAAGUGACAGUGCAUUGGGACGUUCUUUGAAACGCUGUGAUUUAUUUAGUGGAAAAGUCAGUUAAGUACAAUAUUUUUAUACUAUUACCUUAUUUUCAGUUGUAUUACAAUGUUUUUGUACAUAUUUACAUUUAUUUGUUUUAUGUCCGUAAAAUUUGUUUCUGUAAUGGUAUAGAUGUAAAUAAAAUAUAACUUUAAUUUUAA